CUUCUGAGAAAAGAAAGGUUCCCUUUGGUAAGAAAGCAUGAAAAUGAAGAUUAUAAUUGACUGUGAUGCUGGUAUUGAUGAUGCCCAAGCUAUCAUGAUAGCGCUAUCUCAAGAGGUUGACGUCUUAGCCAUCACUUGUACAUGUGGCAACGUGAAUGUUGAUCAAGUUACCAAGAACGUGCUAAAGGUCCUUGAGGCCUGCGAGCGAACCGACAUACCAGUGUACAAAGGGGCGUACAGAUCUUUACUAGGUAUGGUUAAUUCCGAUUCUUACCAAAUUCCCUGGUUUAUUUUGAAUGUCAUCGAAUGAGGGUAAUAGUGUAAUUCAAGGAAAGAAAGAAUAUCGUGACAGACACUGCAGCUACGAGGAGCUGCAAUUAGAGAAGGUCACUCAAAACUCAAUGGGUACGGUUUUCCGAUUUUUCACUUAAACCAAAAGAAAAAAUCAACCCUAUGGCAUAAUACGAUCAGUUAUGUUCAGUUUGAUAAAUAUUAAGGCAUUUUCGUGGAAAUCCGUUAAAACUCAUAGAAUAACGAGAAUCUGUCCUUUCUAGUUUUUACGGAGAAAUGCAAAUCUCCAUUCCAAUCUGGGAUCUCAAAGUGCAUGCCCUUCCCAACUAAAUGGGGCCCCAUAAUUUUACGAGAUUGCAACAGUAAAGGAAGUUUUGAGGAUAGCUGACGUAAUUAAUGAAUUAAGGGGCUCUUUUGUUUUAAUAUGCAACAUCACUCGCUUGUUCCAAUUCAUCCAGAUUUAUUGUCUACAAACAAUUAAUUAAACAUGACCUAUGUGUUUCAACGUUAGGAAUCGCCUAUGAGCAACCAUUAUACCAUGGAUUUGAUGGCCUUGGAGAUGCCACUGAUAUUAAAGACCCAGAUACGAGUCUUCUUCAACAAACCCAUGCUGCUCAGGCCUUAGUCCAACUUGUGAAUGAGAACCCUGGCGAAAUUGUCAUCAUUGCUCUUGGCCCUUUGACCAACAUUGCUUUGGCUUCUAACUUUGAUGCUGAAUUUACAAAAAAGGUCAAAGAGGUAUUUAUACUAGGAGGAUGCAUUCAUGGCAAAGGAAAUCAUUGGGUUUCAGCAGAAUUCAACUUUGGUGCUGACCCUGAAGCAGCCUACAUUCUCCUUAGUCAGUUUAAAUGUCCAAUUUCCCUUGUAUCAUGGGAGACCUGUUUAGAGCACCCUUUGGAUUGGGAGUUUUUUGAGCAAUAUGUGGGAGCUGGUACCAAACGAGCAGAAUUCAUGAGGAAGAUUUCAACAAAGAUUAAAGAAUAUGAAGAGAAAAUGAAUGGUGAAUUUAUAUCUUGUGAUCCAUUUGCAUUGUGUGCAGCUCUACAACCAAAGUUUGUUCAAGAAGAAACCUCAGUUCAUGCCACAGUGGAACUCAAGGAGGGAUUGACACGAGGACAGAUGGUGAUUGAUUGGCGUCAAAUGCUACAAAAACCUGUUAAUGUACGAUUAAUUACAAAGAUGGAUUUAGAACUCUUUAAGGAAGUAAUGCUGAACUCUGUUAAAUAACAGAUCCAAGAAUUCACUGUGUAAACUGUGAAAACCAAUGCAGUCAUAAUUUUUGAUGAUAAAAAAGAUAGGAUUAGGUUUCUGUUAUUCAUAAGAGCUCUUAUCAGAGCAAGUUUCAAUACUUUUGUUAAAGAUAAUGCAGCAUGCUCUGCUUCUCUGCAAUAUAAAACAAUUAUAACAUAAUUUUUUUUAAUCACUUUACUGUUGUACUCUUUCAAUAUUUUACUUAAAUAAUCAUUCAUGUAUUCCAGGAUGGUGUCUAGAGAUGCUUGAUCUUAGAGAGGGGAAGGAACUUGCAUCAUAAACAUACUAAUACAAGCCAUAAUCAUGUAUUUAAUUAAAGGUAUCUUUCGAAACAAACAUGUUAGCCAUGGUUGCAAUUUUCUUUUCUUUUUUUAACCAUAAUUUUUGGUUCAUUUCAAGCAGCCAUCCAUUUGAGACCUGCUGGCUAAUUACUUUUAAAAGGUACUAGACUCUGAAUCAGAAAGGCCAUGUUCAAACCCUAGCCAUGCCAUUGUUUUUUGUUUUUAAGUAAGAUACUCUAAUAAUUUAACAGUGCCACUCUCCACCCAGGUGUUCAACUGUCAAGGAUAACUGUAAAAUCAUUGAUUCCAAAGAAACUUUGUAAUGGAAUGACA